UUGUCAUCCGUCAUUAAAAUUUUGUUCGUCACAGUAUAUGGAACUAUUUAUUUUAAAUAUUUAUUUAUUUUAAAUUAGUAUUUAUUUUAGAUUAGUGCUUCGAUCAUUUCUAUUACUUUACGACACUUUCGUUAAACAUUGGAAUCAAGAGAAGACGUAUUCGUUUCCGAUGCAAACAAGAUUUUCGUCAGUCGGCUUGCACUUUGAGAGAGGUUAUCAUGGCGGUGGAAAUGGGUGAGCAGGUGCCCGCGAAAGUGACAUGGCCGCAAUGGAUCGCUGGUAUCGGAGUUUCGCUCCUACUGGCCCAAUUCGGGUUCAUGGGAGGCUGGUCGUCGCCGUACAUCGCGGACCUAACGUCCGAGAACUCCUCGUUCACGCUGUCCACGGCGGAAUUGUCCUGGGUGAUCUCUCUGCUGAACCUCGGCAGGUUGUUCGGCGCGUUCACCGGCGCGCUCUGCGUCAACUAUUUCGGCAGCAAGACGACGCUUCUGAUCAUCAGCGUGCCUAUAGCCCUGUGCUGGUUGUUCGUGAUCGUGGCGGACAACGUGUGGUGGUUGUACAUGUCAAGGUCGUUCGGCGGGCUGAGCUUGGGUAUGGUGUACAGCAGUUUCCCGCUUUACCUAGCCGAGAUGGCCGAUCCGAGCAUCCGGGGCGCCUUGGUCUCUCUAAGCAUGACCGGCAUCCCGGCAGGGAGCUUCGUGAUGUGCACGAUGGGACCGUACCUGUCCAUGACGGCGUCGAGUGCCAUCUGCUUGGUGCCCUGUUUGGCGGUGAUGAUCCUGUUCGUGAUGCUGCCGGAGUCGCCUCACCACUUGAUCAAGACGAAGCAGGACCAGAAAGCGAAGGCGUCGAUCCGGUGGUACCACCGCGACUGCGACGUGGAGCAGGAGUUCCAGUCCCUGAAGAAGUUCGUCGACAACUGCACCAGCCAGAGAUUCGUGGAGUCUCUGACGGAGUUCAAGCAACCGUGCUACGUGAAAUCGCUGCUCCUGGUAAUAGUGCUGGUCUCGUACGGGCAAAUGUGCGGGAUAAAUAACGUGAUGUUCUACAUGGAGACGAUCCUGAAGGACGCCGAGGUGACCGUGAUCAACCCCGCGGUGGUAGUGAUCAUCGUGAUGGUGACCGGUAUCGUCGGCUGCGGCGUGUCCACGAUCCUGGUAGACAGGUGCGGCCGGAAGGUGCUGAUGAUCUUAUCCUGCAUCGGCCUCGCGGUAGCACUCGGCUGCCUGACCAUCGUGUUCCAGCUGCUGAGCUUCGACGUCCACUCGAAGGCGCUCGAGGGACUCUCGAUCUUCGCGAUGAUGUUCCUGAACAUUGCCGUGUUCGUAGGCGUGCUCACGGUGCCUCCCGCGAUCAUCGGCGAACUGUUCCCGCCGCACCUCAAGUGCAUCGCUGCGUGUUUCGGGAGCUGCGUCGCCGGCAUCACCUCCUUCAUCUCCACGAUAACCUAUCUACCGCUGCUAGAGCUGAUGACAAACCGGUUCGUCUAUCUGUUCUACGGCUUGCUGCUGCUCACCGGAGUGCCGUUCGUGACGUUCUGUGUGCCCGAGACCAAGGGACUGUCCUUGCAAGAAAUCCAGAGACGUUUGAUGAAGCUGAUGGGUCCCCGGAUUUAGACGAUCGGGCGCGAAUCGAUCGAGCUUUCACGUAAGCCAGCUUGUAAAUACGUUGUGUAGAAAAAGUUCCGCGAGUUUGUAAACGAUACCACGAUCUUCUUAUUUAUUUGUGAACAUUUACAUCGUCGUUCUGCAAUAUAGCGAGGCAAAACGCGUAUGCCAAUACUCUCUACUUUAACAAUAAUUAAUCAUUCCUUUUAUUCGAAGUUAAAGACAUUCGUCUCCUUAUUCUUACUUGUUAUUUAAUUUCAUUUAAUUAUAAUAUUGUAAUAAUAGCAAUAAAAUGUAGUUGUAAUAAUCAGGAUAAUAAAUCGAAUGGUUCUCAACAAAAUUGAAGGACCAUCGUUCGGAUUUUGCUGUA